UAUAGUAAUAUGAACUUUUUACCUUUUAAAUAAUAUAUCAUUAUCUGCAGAGUUAAAUGCAUGGAUCAGUGUUUUAAUAAAGUACAUGUAAACUCAGUGUGAUAAUAAAGUUGGUUAAUAAAUAAAAAUGAAGAAAUAAAAUGAAAUAGUGAUAAAGGGAUAAAAUUACAUAGGUUUUGUGCUAAUUUUUAGUGGCUAAAUCAUGUAAUAAAAUCCUCUUUUGUAAAACAUUAAGGAAGCAGUUGAAUUAGAGUCAUGGAUUACGGAUAAUAUUUAUAGCGAAGGAAAAUAAAUCGGACACUGCUACAUGAAAUCCUUGCAUUCCUUUAAGAUAUACUGAUUCUGGUAAUAUUUUUAAAUUUGUGAAAUUGUACUUGUUUGGAGUAUCCAUAAGUGAAUAUCUGAAUAUUCAAAGACAAUCGAUCCUUAGAUUUGUGAAAUCAUACUAAUUUCGGAGUACCUGUGGGUAAAUAUCUGAAAAAUUCGGAGAUUAUUUAGAAAGGUAUGAGAUUGGAUGACAUAUUAGAGGAGAUAGGGGGAUUUGGACGGUAUCAGAAAUGGAUUUUCUUUUUAACUUGUAUCCCAAACUUCUUUGCUGGAUUUUACAUGCUGAACCCUGUGUUCCUCCUUGGUGUUCCUGACCACAGAUGUUCGAUUCCUGGUUAUGAUAAUGAUACAUAUAAGCCUCAAAAUGACGAACAUAGAGCGUUGAUAGAAAGAUAUAUCCCGAUGUCAUCAGAGGAACCGUCCGAAUAUGACAGUUGUGAAGUGUACAAAUAUAUCGCCGAAAAUGUCAGUGCAAGUUUUAAACGGGCUCGCUUUAUACAGGACAAUAGCACUGAUGAAAGGACAACAGAAAAGUGUAACAGUUGGGUGUAUGAUAAAGAAGUAUAUGACAACACAUUUGCUUCUCAGGUAAAUUUGGUAUGCGAUAAAGAAAUAUGGGUGGCUAAUGCAGAGAUGAUAUUUUAUGGAGGAAUGCUUGUUGGUUCAUUUGCUAGUGGAAUCAUCGCAGAUAUUGUCGGACGUAAGCCAGUGAUGUAUGUUGCCAUUUUGGUAAUGAUUGCCUCCGCAAAUGGGCUUGCCUGGGCACAUGAAUACUGGCUUUUUUGCAUCAUUGAAUUUUUUCUUGGCGGCUCUAUAGUGGCUUGCUUUAUGCCAGCGUAUAUCAUAUCUUUAGAGAUAACAAGCGUCAAAAAGAGGGUGUGGCCAGGCGUGAUAUCGGAACUUCCGUAUGUACUUGGACUAGUGGUUCUGGCAGCAGUUGCGUAUGGUUUGCGAGACUGGUUUCAAAUUCAACUUUAUACCUCAUUACCAGCAGUGUUGUUUGUAUUUUAUUGGUGGCUUAUGCCAGAGUCUCCGAGGUGGUUGCUCAGCAAGGGUCGGGUCAAAGAAGCAGAACAAAUUCUAAGAAAUGCUGCUCGAUGGAACAAAACCACACUGCCCAAUGAUAUAUUUGGAGAAAUGAUAGAGGAUGAUGUUGAUAAGGAGUCCAGUUUCUGGAAGCUGUUUUCAUCAAAGACACUCUGUAUCAGAUCAAAUGUUAUAUUUCUAAACUGGUUGGUAGUUGCUCUGGUAUACUUCGGACUGGCUCUUAACUCGGAGAAUCUGAACGGAAAUUUGUAUCUCAAUUUUGGUUUAUCUGGGUUAGUUGAGAUUCCAGGCUAUCUACUGGUAGUAUAUCUAGUUGAUCGUGUCGGUCGCAGGAAAUUGUAUUGUUCUUUUAUGAUCAUCGGAGGGGUGUCAUGCCUGUCAACAAUCUUUGCUAUUGAGUAUGAACCGGAAGGGUCAGAUGUUAUCACAAUAGCUUUGGCUAUGUUUGGAAGACUAUGUGUGACAGGAGCGUACUCUGUGGUCUAUGUUCACAGUGCCGAGUUAUUUCCUACUGUUGUACGUAAUGCUGGAUUAGGGAUAGGGUCACUAUUUGCAAGGCUUGGAACAAUGGUUGCCCCAUAUAUUGUUACUGUAAGUGAGUCACUGAGUGGAACAACACGAGAGAUACUACCUUUGGUGGUGUUUGGUGGAAUGUCUCUUCUAUCUGGGCUUAUAUCGUUAACAUUACCAGAAACUUUAAAUAAAAAUCUUCCUGAAACUAUACGAGAUGCAGAAAGAUUUGGCAGAUCUGGAGCUUUUUAUUUUGGUCGGAGUCUGCGGCGACAUCAGGAAGAUUAUGAGAAAAGUUCAAAGGACCAGACUGACACAGAGCAUGAACUUUUACUUUCUACAGAGAAAUCUUCAUACUCCUGACAAGAUAGUCAAUUAUAGCAUGAAUUGUUAUACACUUGUACAAAUUUAAGGUAUAAGCACCCUAAUGUAUUACCUCCGCUUUGAAGAGUCUUCAAAUAGGCUAGAACUACUGUUAACUACAUUGAAAAUGAGGGCCAUGGGUUCAAUCCCCAGAAGAGUCAACUUUUUUUUUCUUUCUUUUUUUCUUUUAACAUUAUUAAUGUAUCUCUCAUGUCCCAUUUGGAAAGAAAAAAGUGUUUAAUUUUGAUUUUUAUGCCCCCACAGAGUGGAAGCAUAUAGCGUUGCACUUGUCCGUCCGAGUGUCCGGACGUCCGUCGGCCUGUACGUUUCGAAAUCUUGUGAACGCAACUCCUCUUAAACCGGAUGGCAGAUUUUGCUUAAACUUUCAGGGAUGAACAACCUUAAUGUGUAGAUGGUAGUAAAGGAAUGAAUUUUUGCUGCGACCAAAUUUAACAGAAUUAUGGCCCU